AAACAGCAGGUAUCGCCAGACAUCAUCUGUCGGGAUGAACAGUUCUUUGACUUCCGCUACUUAUGUCCGUAACAUCAGCUACGGUCUGCGCCGCCAGCUGUCCGACUUUCUCGACCCUCAGGACAGGUGGAAGGAGGUGAUUGCGUCCAUACGGAAGCCGAGCGGGGAGCUGAAGUACUCGCAGCUUCACGUCAGGAGGUUUGAAAGCCUAGUGGCUCAGGGGAGGAGCCCCACGGUGGAGCUGCUGAAUGACUGGGGCACCAGCAACUGCACAGUGGGAGAACUGGUGGAGAUAUUGCUGAGUCACGACCUGCUGGCUGCUGCUAGUCUGCUGCUACCUGGACAAGUAUAUUCAUCGCCAAAGACACAGCAGCUUUCGUCGCCGUUACAGACUGACCCAGAUUCUCCAACCAGGCCACUGGGGGAGAUACAGAACCAGUGUCCACCUGCCGCAUCAGCCCCGGAGACGCAAGUACUGAGCGAGUCCAGUGAAACUGGCCACCCAGGUCUCCCCAGUCUUCUGUACAGUGAACUGAGGAGGAUCACGGGCAACUUUGACGACCGUUCCAUCUCAGACGGGGGCAGUCGACUCGGAGAGGGGGGCUUUGGCACGGUAUACAAAGGUUUCCUGAACAACAGACCCGUGGCGGUGAAAAAACUGAACCCAGUGGAAGACAUGCCUCUGGACAAGUUGCAAGAUCAGUUCAACCAGGAGAUCCAGACUCUGAGAGUCUUGAAACACGAGAACUUGGUUGACAUGGUUGGAUUCUCGUGCGAUGAGCAGCACCUGUGCAUAGUGUACGCCUUCAUGGCGAAUGGCUCUUUGCUGGAUCGACUCGCUUGCUUGGACGGAAGUCCUCCUCUUUCCUGGAGACAGAGAUGCUUGAUUGCAGAAGGCACCGCCAGAGGUUUGGAGUACCUGCACAGCAACCACCACGUACACAGGGAUGUUAAAAGCGCAAACAUCCUGCUGGAUGAGAAGUUUGUGGCGAAAAUCUCCGACUUCGGGCUGACGAGAGCGUCUGCCAAGCACACGUCCACGACGAUGAUGACGGACAGGGUCGUGGGGACCCGCGCGUACAUGGCUCCUGAGGCCCUGAGGGGACAGAUCACCCCAAAAUCGGAUGUGUUCAGCUUCGGAGUGGUGCUGCUGGAAAUAUUGUCUGGACUUCCGCCAGCUGAUGAAAACAAGGAGCCCCAGUUCUUGAUGGAUAUCAGGGACGACAUAGAUGAUGAGGACGAGGAUUUGACUCUGGAGCAGUUUGUGGAUGGAAAGAUGACGGACUGGGAGCUGAGCCAAGUGGAGAGCAUCUACUGCCUGGCUUCCAGCUGCUUGGACGACAGAAAAAACAGACGGCCAGUCAUCAAGCAGGUUUUUUCAGAGAUUCACAGUGUUGUCAAGAGCCAAAUGUUGGAUUCUUGAACCCGGAGGGAAACAAGCAGCUCACAUGGUUACUGAGCCAGACGCUGAGUAGAGAUUAAGAGUCCCGACUGACAGUUCGAUACCUUUUAACUUCAAAAUGUCUAGUAUCAAACUCUUUCCCUUUUGUAUUUAUCUGCAUUUUGUAAUUUCUGAAGCUUUAAUGUGAUAAGAUGUGUAAAUGUGAUUUGUGGUAAGCUACAUUUUUUAUUUGCGCUGCCUUUGUAUUUUUGAAGAAAUAAAAUGAACAAAAUUGA